GUUUCUGAAAAGAAAAUGGUACAUUUAAUGUCUCCUUCAAUACUAGCCAUAGUCUUGGUGGUAGUUGUUGGAUUUCUAUGGUCAUAUAUACAUUCCCGAUUAACAGGUGCCAAGAAACAGCCACCGGGUCCACGAGCCUUGCCGGUAAUUGGGCACCUCCACUUGUUAGGGAACCUCCCACACCAAACCCUAGCCCACUUAGCCAAAAAAUAUGGAGCUUUGAUGUCCUUGAAGCUGGGUUCUGAGCCAACCAUUGUGGUAUCAUCACCUGAAGCUGCUGAACUAAUUCUCAAGACCCACGACGCCAUUUUCGCGACCCGGCCAAAACUCAUAUCCACCGACUAUAUCUACUAUGGUGGCAAGGCCGUCAGCUUCACUCCAUAUGGCUCUUAUUGGCGUAAUGUUAGGAAACUUUGUAAUAUGCAUCUUCUUGGUGCUUCCAAGGUGGAAUCAUUCGCACCCAUUAGAAGGGAAAAUCUUGAAAUGCUCAUUGGGUCUCUAAGGAAAUCAGUUGCAGAGUCUGAAGUUGUGGAUUUGACCCUAACUUUGAGUCAGCUACUAGAGAACAUCACAUACAAGAUGGUUCUUGGGCGAAACAAAGAUGACGAAUUUGACAUUAUGCGAUUAGUCGCUGAGGGUUCGGUCUUGGCUGGAGCUUUCAACAUAUCUGAUUAUGUGCCUUAUCUAAGACCAUUAGACCUUCAGGGACUGGAAAGACGGUUGAAGGCAUUUAGUCAAGAGAUGGACAAACUGCUAGAAAAAAUCUUAAAUGAACACGAUCAAGAGGAUGGUAAAGCAGAGACGAGACGAAAUAUGAAUUUUAUCGACACAUUGGUUUCAUUGAUGAAUCAACCCAUGAAUCCAAAUGAUGAGGCAUCAUACCUGGUUGAUCGAACAAAUAUCAAAGGUAUGCUAAUGGACAUGGUCCUUGGUGCAUUUGAAACUAGUGCUACUUCAGUUGUGUGGAUAUUCUCAGAGCUUCUUAGGCAUCCGCGGGUAAUGAAAUGUGUUCAAGAGGAGUUAGAGAGUGUAAUUGGAAUGAAGAGAAUGGUGGAGGAGACGGAUUUGACAAAGUUGAAUUAUUUGGAUAUGGUGAUAAAGGAAACUUACAGACUUCAUCCGGUUGGGCCUCUUUUACUUCCUCGAGAAUCAAUGGAGGAUAUUGAAAUUGACAGGUAUCAUAUAUCGAAAAAAACUCGAAUCAUUGUGAAUACUUGGGCAAUGGGAAGAGAUCCGAAGGUGUGGUCGAGCAAUGUGAACGAAUUCUUGCCAGAAAGGUUUGCUAGUGCCGAGAUUGAUCUCAAGGGGCAUCAAUUUCAACUUCUUCCAUUUGGUUCGGGACAAAGAAGAUGCGCAGGAAUGCAAUUAGGUCUCACCACUGUUAGACUUAUUACGGCACAGCUUGUCCACUGCUUCAAUUGGGAACUUCCCUAUGGCAUACUUCCUAGUGACUUGGACAUGACUGAAAAGUCUGGGCUCGCUGUCCCCAAAGCCAACCACUUGCUUGCGAUACCCACCUCGUAUCGCAUAUUUUCUUAAGAUUUAACUACCAAGAUAUGCACUUCUUGAUUGAUUCCUGCAAGUCAUGUUAAAUAAAUUUCUAUGUAUCUGUUAGUUAUAAUGAAUACAAUCCAUAAGAUAUGGUCAAAUUGGAUCCCGUUCUGUAUGAAAA